CGGACCGGAAGAGGGACCUGGCCCCGCCCCGGCCCGGCCAGGCUGGAGGACUCUGCUUCCCGUGAGCCCCCGCGCUCGCUUCCGGCGGGGCGGCGGCGGCUGGGCCGGGAUGGAGGCCGUGCCCCGCAUGCCCAUGAUCUGGCUGGACCUCAAGGAGGCCGGGGAGUUCGCUUUCAACGCCGCUGUCAAGAAGUUUGUCCUGAAGAACUAUGGGGAGAACCCGGAGAACUACAACGAGGAGCUGCGGAAGCUGGAGGUGCUCCGGCAGAGCGCCGUGAACGUGCCUAGGGACUUCGAGGGCUGCAGCACGCUGAGGAAAUACUUCGGCCAGCUCCACUACCUGCAAAGCCGGAUCCCCAUGGGCGCCGAGCAGGAGGCCGCGGUCCCCAUCGCGUGGACAGAGAUCUUUUCAGGCAAGACGGUGACUCAUGAGGACAUCAAGUAUGAGCAGGCUUGCAUCCUGUACAACCUGGGUGCGCUGCACUCCAUGCUGGGUGCCAUGGACAAGAGAGUGUCUGAGGAGGGCAUGAAGGUUUCAUGCACCCAUUUCCAGUGUGCUGCCGGCGCCUUUACCUACCUGCGGGACCACUUCCCCCACUCCUACAGCGUAGACAUGAGCCACCAGAUCCUCAGCCUCAACAUCAACCUCAUGCUGGGCCAGGCACAGGAGUGUCUGCUGGAGAAGUCCAUGCUAGACAACAGGAAGAGUUUCCUCGUGGCCCGGAUCAGCGCUCAGGUGGUGGAUUACUACAAAGAGGCCUGCCGGGCACUGGAGAACUCAGAGACAGCUUCACUGCUGGGAAAGAUCCAGAAGGACUGGAAGAAGCUGGUUCAAAUGAAGAUCUACUAUUUUGCUGCUGUGGCCCAUCUGCACAUGGGAAAACAGGCCGAGGAGCAGCAGAAGUUUGGGGAAAGGGUCAUCUACUUCCAGAGUGCACUGGAUAAACUCAAUGAAGCUAUCAAACUGGCAAAGGGACAGCCAGAAACUGUCCAGGAAGCCCUGAGAUUCACCAUGGAUGUGAUCGGUGGCAAGUACAAUUCAGCCAAAAAAGACAAUGACUUCAUCUACCACGAAGCUGUGCCUGCCUUGGACACCCUGCAGUCUGUGAAAGGUGCCCCACUGGUGAAAGCCCUCCCCGUCAACCCCACGGACCCCGCUGUCACCGGCCCCGAUAUCUUUGCCAAGCUGGUGCCCAUGGCUGCCCACGAGGCGUCUUCACUCUACAGCGAAGAGAAGGCCAAACUGCUGAGAGACGUGAUGGCAAAGAUUGAAGCCAAGAACGAAGUGCUGGACCAGUUCAUGGACUCCAUGCAGCUGGACCCUGAGACAGUGGACAACCUGGACAUGUACAGCCACAUCCCCCCCAUCCUGAUGGAGAAGUGCGCCGCGCUCAGCGUACGCCCCGACACCGUCAAGAACCUCGUCCAGUCCAUGCAGGUGCUCUCCGGGGUGUUCACCGACGUGGAGGCCUCGCUGAAGGAGAUCCGGGACCUGCUUGAGGAGGACGAGGCGCAGGAGCGGAAGCUGCAGGAGCUGCUGGGGAAAGGCUCGGUGCCGCAGGGCUCCCCGCCGCCGCCGUCCUCCGCGGGGCUGGCCGAGGUCAGCAAGGAGUGCUCCAAGUACAUGGAGGUGCACGAGAAGGCCAGCUUCACCAACACGGAGCUGCACAAAGCCAUGAACCUGCACAUCGGCAACCUCCGCCUGCUCAGCGGGCCCCUGGAGCAGGUCCGGGCCGCGCUGCCCUCACCCACGCUGAGCGAAGACGACAAGCAGGUGCUGCAGAACCUGAAGAAAAUCCUGGGCAAGGUGCAGGAGAUGAGGGAUCAGCGGAUGUCCCUGGAGCAGCAGCUGCGUGAGAUGAUCCAGAAGGACGAUAUCACCACCUCGCUGGUCACCACUGACCGCUCCGAGAUGAAGAAACUCUUUGAGGAGCAGCUGAAGAAGUAUGACCAGAUUAAGGUGUACCUGGAGCAGAACCUGGCCGCUCAGGAGAACAUCCUGAAGGCCCUGACAGAUGCCAACGUCAAAUACGCAGCUGUGCGCAAGGCCCUGGCUGAGGUGGAGCACAAGUGGAACACCACCGUCCAGACCUUGGUGGCCUCCUAUGAAGCCUACGAGGACCUGAUGAAGAAAUCCCAGGAGGGGAAGGACUUCUACACCGACCUGGAGGGGAAAGCUGCCAAGCUGCUGGAGAAAGCGCGGGCGGCCUGCCAGGCUGCUGAAGCCAACAGGCAGCAGAUCUUGGAGAAGGAGAUGAAGAAGCACCCACCCCCUCGUCCCACGGCCCCCAAACCGGCCCUGCAGAAGAAAGCACUGGAGCUGGAAGCCGAGGGCCCGGAGGCGGGCGACCUCCCCCCGCUGUGCUCCCUGGGGCUGGCCGACCUGCCCGAGGACCUGCGCAGCCUGCCCCCCGACGUGCUGGCCGGCCACCUGGCCCGCCUGCCCCCAGCCACGCUGGCCGCGCUCGCCCUCGACCCUGCCCUGGCCGCUGGGCUGCGGCCCCCCGGCCCCGAGCUCUUUGCCCCCAGGCUGGCGAGCGCGCCGCUGCAGCCCGGCCAACCCUUCGCCCCACCGCGCUUCCCUGCCCUCCCCGGGCACUACGCCCUGCCCCCGGCACCCGCUGCCAGCCCGGGCCCCUUUCCCCACGUCACCGGUGCUCCGGUUCUCCCGGCGCAGCUCCUGCAGCCCUCUGCCCCCCAGGUGACCGGCCCACCCCCCAGCUCGGCCCCCUCCUCCGCCCCCCAGCUCUUCCCGGCCGCCUCGUUGCUGCGUGGCCCGGGGCAGCCCGGGGCGCCCUUGGUGCAGCCCGGUUACGCGGGGCCCCACCUGCUCCCCCCGCGCUCAUCCCCGCAGCACGGCCCCGCUCCGGCUCCCGCUGCCUCCUACGGCCUGGGCCAACCGGGGCUGCCCCCGCCCGGUCCCGUCAGACCCCCGGCCGUGGGGCCACCCCCCGGCCCCGUGGUGCUGCAGGGUCCCCUCGUCCCUUCCCCGGCCCCGUCCCCGCAGCCUCCCGUGCCCGUGCAGCCCCCGCCGCUGGUACCCGGGCCGGUGCCGCAGAGACCCCCGCCCUCGCUGACGCCCGCUCCGGGCCCCGCCGAGAGCCCCUUCCAGCGGCAGAGCUCCUCCACCGACGACCUGCUGUCCUCCAGCCCCGAGAGCCAGCACGGCGGCUCCAAGGCGGCCGUGGGGCAGCCCCUGCUUCAGCCCACCAAGGCGGACGCCAAGGACGGUCAGAAGCCCAAAGCGGUGCAGCUGAUCGAGAACGACCCCUACGAGAAACCCGAGCGGCUGCUCCGGCUGCGGGCCGAGCUGGAGCGAUUCCGAGCGCUGCUGCAGCGCCUGGAGCGGCCGGAGCCCGGCGGUGCCCCCGAGCUGGACGCGCUCUGGAAGGAGCUGCAGGACGCCCAGGAGCGCGACGCCCGGCAGCUCUCCAUCGCCAUCGCCCGCUGCUACUCCAUGAAGAACCGGCACCAGGACAUCAUGCCCUACGACAGGAACCGCGUGGUGCUCCGCUCGGGCAAAGACGACUACAUCAACGCCAGCCGGGUGGAGGACCUGUCUCCUUACUGCCCCACCAUCAUCGCCACGCAGGCCCCGCUGCUCGGCACCGCCGCCGAUUUCUGGCUCAUGAUCUACGAGCAGAAGGUGUCCGUGGUCGUCAUGCUGGUGUCGGAGCAGGAGCUGGACAAGCAAAAGGUGCUGCGGUAUUUCCCGACGGAGCGGGGCCAGCCCGUGGUGCACGGUCCCGUCACGCUCGUCCUCACCAGCGUGAAGGCGGCUCCCACGCACGUGGAGCGGAUGAUAACGCUGCAGUACCGCGACCAGAGCCUGAAGCGAACCGUCAUCCACCUGCAGUUCACCUCCUGGCCGGAGCUGGGUCUGCCCGACAGCAAGGCGAGCCUGCUGCGCUUCGUGCAGGAGGUGCACGGCCACUACCUGCACCAGCGCCCGCUGCACACCCCUAUCGUCGUGCACUGCAGCUCCGGCGUGGGCCGCACCGGCGCCUUCUGCCUCGUGUACGCGGCCGUGCAGGAGCUGGAGGCGGGGAACGGCAUCCCCGAGCUGGCGGAGCUGGUCAGGCGCAUGCGGCAGCAGCGCAAGCACAUGCUGCAGGAGAAGCUGCACCUGAAGUUCUGCUACGAGGCCGUCCUGCAGCACGCCGAGCAGCUGCUGCUCCGCCACGGGGUGGGCGCUCCGCCCGUCCCCAAAGCCAACAGCGCGUCCCCAAAGCUCUACUUCCAGCAGGACCCGCAGGACCUGGUGCUGGGCGGGGACGUGCCCAUCAGCUCCAUCCAGGCCACCAUCGCCAAGCUCAGCGUCAAGGCGCCGGGCUGCGGGGCGGAGGGGGGGGCGGGCUGGGGGGCCGAGGUCGCCCCGGCUCCCGACGCCGCCGCCGCCGCGGUGGAAGCGGUGCCGGUGCCGCCCGAGGCGGGGACGGACGCGGGGACGGUGGCGGAUGGUGACUGUGCCCCCAUCCCCGAGCCGGAGCCGCAGCCGCUGGGUGAGGCCGAGAGCAGCAACCACGUGGAGGAGCAGCCCCACGCCGCCCCCCCGGCCCCGGCCCCGGCCCCGGCCCCCGCCUCCUCCCUGGAGCUCCUCGCCUCGCUGACCCCCGAGGCCUUCACGCUGGACGCGUCGUUGAAGGGCAAGCAGCACAUGAACAAGCAGAACUUCCUCCAGGCGCAGACGGGAGAGGGGCUGCGGGCUCCCCGGCCCAGCGAUGACCCGCUCAGCAUGCUCGACCCCCUCUGGACACUCAACAAGAGCUGAGGGGCUCCCCCAACAC